CCGCCCACCAGAAUCAGAUCUGCCCCACACACGCAGUCAGCCAGCCUAGUCACUAGUCUGUUACCCUCCAGGACAGCCAGCAACGUUGGGAGCCUCAGUGUCCCUAAGGCAGGAUGGGCCUCCUACUACUGCUGACCUUCACGCUCUUGUCCAGCUACUUCCAUCCAGGCAGAGUGGUGAACGCACAGCCAACAUUCAUAAUAAAAGACAUCACCCUGUCCAUCGAGCCCAGUAUUAAUGUGACUCGGAACACAAAUGUGACUCUGAGGUGCAAGGCCAUUGUCAGCAGCUUGGGGCAGGAGGUGCUGAGCCGUGAGUACACUAUUUCCAAGGACGGCGUGACAGUCUACACCAAGACCACCAGCACCUCUGAGGAUCUUCUGUACAGUCUGCGCGAGGCCAGAGUCUUCAACACUGGCAAAUAUGCAUGCAAGAUAAAAAUCGAAGAUAAAGAGAGGACCAGCAAAGCCAAGAAACUCACAGUAACAGGCCUGUCAAAACCAGUUCUCUCACUUAACAAGCACGUGGUCAAUGAAGGGGAGGAGCUAAAGGCCAGGUGCACAGCGCCCGGUGAGACGGGCUCCAUUUUCUUCUUCUUCUACGACAACUCCGAAGAGAUCCAAAGGGAGCAGAACAAUUCAAACCAGGCAGAGGUCAUGAUUCGCAUCAGCGGGGGCGACCACAAAAUUCAGUGUGCCUAUAAUGUCCUUAUAACGCCAGACUCCAUCAAGUCUGAGAUGAGCAACACCAUCAAUGUUAGAGUCAAGGAGCUUUCAAUCUCACCAGUUUUGGAGAUUUUCCCUCAGUACACUGUCUAUGAAGGAGACCAACUCAACAUCUUGUGCAACAUCAGCAACCUCAGUCACAACUCUGACAGUGCCCGACUCUACCUGGUCCAGGGGACCAAGCUUCUCAGCAGUGGAGGCACCACUAUCAACCACAGCAUGGUCGCACUGGCAAAGGACCCUGGGAAGUUUGAGUGCCAAUUAGUGAUUGGAAGUGUAGAGAAAGUCACCACAAAGCAAGUUUUAGUGACUGAGCUGUUUUCAAUGCCCACUCUCACCAUGUCUCCUGCUGAAGUCUUUCAAAAGGAAAAUAUGACCCUAACCUGCAAAAGUGAGAGCUAUGCCUCUGAAAGACUCAGAAUGGAGGAGCUGACUUACACUCUUGAUCCACCCAACAGCCUACUGAGCCCCAGGGAUAUUGGAGUAUUUUCUGGCAAGGCCCUGCAGUAUGAUUUCAACUAUACCUGUGUAGCUCAAGCAAAGGGCAUCACGAAACACAGUGAAACCCUUACUGUACGUCCCAGAGUUUCUGUCUCCACUCCAAAGAUCUCUGUGGUUGGCAGGGCAAUUCUAGGACAGCCCUUCACAAUCCUCUGUCAGUCGGACACAGGCAGCCUGCCGAUAAAUUACACUCUGUGGAAGGAUAACGAACACCUGAGCACAACCAGCGUCAAGCAGUCCUUUGAAAAAGCUAUCUUCACAGUCACCAUCACCAAGCCUGAGGAAAUAAGCAAGUUCAUGUGCAAGGCCCAGAAUAGAAACAAGGACAGUCCAAUCAGUGAAAGAUUGACUACUAAAGUCAUAGUGCCUCUGACGAACACGACUCUGACCGUCCUCCCAUCCCCAGGAGAAAUCUCGGAGGGAGAUCGUCUCUACCUCAUAUGUGGUGUUUCAGGCACACCACCGGUCACCUUUAAGUGGUACCGUGAGGGCCGUGAACAGCCACUGCAUACCACCACCUCCAAUGACAACAACACAGACUACCAAGUCUCUCCGUUGUCCAAGGGGCACAGCGGCAGGUACUACUGCGAGGCUGUCAACUACGCCAACAACGCAAUUCAGAGUGAGCGGGUCACUGUAGAAGUGGGCCUGGCGAUGUGGAAGAAAGCGAUGAUCGGGGGGUUCUCUCUGCUCGUGUUGUCAGUGGUGGCGGUGGUGUGUGUGUUGUACUUCAAAUCCAAGAGAGGUAAAAGAGAACCAGCUGCUGAAUUGUCAGUACGCAGCGCCAGUCUAUGAUGGCAUGGAGGGGAGAGUGACCAAUGGGGUGCGAGAUAGCUCGGCAUCGCUUCCCGCUGACAUCAGCAACAGGAGCAGCUACAGUAUCGCAGCCACAGUGUAGAGAUGCUCCACAAUGUACAGGACUUGAAUCCAAUUUUUUAUAAACUUUCAAAGAAAAGACUUUAAGAGCAGUAUUCAUAUUCAUGAUGCCAAGUAUCACUGACGAGUUGUCUCAGUGAAAAGGAGGGGCUUGUUUUGAAAAAAAUAUUAAACCAGGACCCGCUACUCCCUCUCCCCUCCUCCUGCAAUCUAGAUGGCCUUUGAUUUCAUACUGUUGCCAUGUCCGUGUGAUUUUAUGUCCUUUAUUGUUCACCUGCUGUUUUUGUCCAAUGUGCAUGUUUAAAUAGGUUUGGUGACAGAUUGAUUUGUAUAUACAUUUUUAUCACCAUCACAGGAAAUGUGUGUAUAUAUUUUUGGUUGAUCCCUUGACUCAUUGGAAGAGACACUUGUAGAAUAAAGAAAUUGGUUUUAUUUA